AUGUCGCAACCUGUUGGUCUCACAGACUCGAGAAUUGUUAUGGCAGAGCAGAAUUCCCACGAUGUGGUAAACCAAACCCUGUCGGGCGGCGAUUUUUCGCCUUCCGACGUUCCUGCGAUCACCGCCGACAAGAAACCUGCUGGAGGGGACGUGGGGGAGACGAAAGAUACCGCUACAACGAUACAAGCCGAGACGGGGACGAGCACCCAGCAAGCUGAACCCAAGACGACUGCUACACAAUCGCGAGAUCACCAAGGGGAGGGAGAAGACGCUGAACAGAUGCCGACUGACACUUCGAAGUACACUCCUGUGCCGGUCGCAGCACGAGCAUUAGAAAUGAACGGUGUAACAUCUGGAUCGGAUAUUGGAGAGGACACUGCCUCUCAGGGAGGGUCUGAGUCUGACGCAAGUCGUGCUGAAAGCAAACUUCUUGCGCGUACCGGUUCGAAGAAGCCAACCUCAUUCAAGCCGGUCACAUUUGCCAAAUUUUCGGUUCCCAAGGCGCCCGGCACUCCACCUAUCAGUAAACCCUCCGAAAAAGCUCCUUCCUCGACCCUCACGACCCCGCUAGGUACGCCGCAGCAGACCUCACGACCUCGAUUGGUUGUAAAGUCCACUAGCAGCCUACGGGACUCGUUAUCAAAGUCUGGCACGAGCGCAUCCAAGCCAGGUGGCAGCGGACCGGAUCCAAAUCAAGUUUGGAACAAAAAUCGACCCGUUCAACAGACACCGCCUAAACAUUUGACUGAUGAAGAGCUCAAACAGCAAUAUGGCAUACAUAUGACUUCAAGAAUCCAAGAAGACGGCGCAGGUACGGAAUCGAAAUGGGCCGACAUUGACGACGACGAAGACGACUGGGCCCCUGAGACAAUCGAAUGGACUGACGGAACAAAAACGAAUCUCACUCACCCGGAGCCUCCCACAACAGCCCCAAUACCGAGUCAAGAAAAGGCCGCCGCAGACUUCAAAAGAGAAUUCCCCUCAGUCGAGCAAGCGGCGCCUCCCAAAGAACCUCCGAAGUUCGUUCCAAGCGUUCUCAAAACCACAACCUCAGUUGGUCCAAACCCGACUGUUUUACGACUCGGAGCGAACGCCGAAAGACAAGCCAAGAGUGCUGGUAUAAUCGCAAAGGGACCAAAUGAUAAGUCACCCUUGCUAUCAACCAGCCCGGCGCCGCCUCCGGCUAAGUCGCCCUGGGCAGCGCUUCCUCCGGUUGAGAAAGUGUCCCCUGUGAUGCCCCCAAUGCAAGUACAACCGCCUAUGCGCGCUCCUGCUCGGGAACCCCAUGCUGGUGAUGGUCUUACUGGAGCGUUGCCUCCAAAGGAGAUCGCAGCGGAUGAUUUCAAUCGAUCUUGGAGAGAGAUGCAGUCUGGAACACGCGAGCUUUACAACUCUAGGUCAGGUCGUUAUGAGCCUGCUCCUGAAACCAGGAAAGGGGCAUGGCGUGCCGAGCAAACCUUCCGUACACCAUCUGUGCUUCAAAGACCAGCACAAGGUGAUCAGGCGGGGCCGGCGGAGCCUUCCGCAGCUUUCCAAACGCAUCGGUCGAGUGGGCAAGACGGUAUGCAUUGGACGCGCCGUCGGACAUCCUCCAAUGUCAGCGGUGGUAGUGGCAGUUUUGGACGUCGGAUGUCGAUAGGUCGUCCCGACGUGGUUCACAAGCCAUUCGAGUCCAGAAGGGAUUCUCAAGUCAACGUAAUGCCUGAUCCCUCCAUGCUGAAUAGGGAGCCACCUAAAGACAUUCACCUACGUGAAGUCUCUCCUGAUCGACGUGGCACUGGUCCUUGGGCUGCACGGGGCCCUACUCAUGCUCAGGACAGAAAUACUACCGCAUCCACCGAUGUGAGUCAUGCAACUGAUGAGCAAACGGCAAUGCCGCCAGCGCCUCAGGAAGAUCCUGUAGCUAUGCAAGAACGCAUCAUGAAGGAGAAAAGGAUGGAAGCUCGUCAGCGGAGAUUAGACCAGGAGAAAGAGGAAGAGGCUGCGAAGCGGGAAAGAAUUCGGCAGAAGCUCGAGGCGCUUGGUCCUCCGCCAGAGAAACCGAAAUCACUGCGCAGAGAGUCAGUUGAUACUGGAAGGCCUGAAGCCAAUACUCAACAAGUCACCGCACAAGUGUUGCAUUCCCCUCCAAAGCCUCCCGUUCCUGAGCCAAGUGGGGAGCCCAAGCAGUAUGGAAUGAUGAAAGUCCACCAUCCCGACACUGUGAAGAAACUCGUGGAGAGGGAAAGAGUAGUGGAGAAACCUAUCGCCACGGCUGGUGUGCGGCGCCCAUCUUCAGCGGCCCCAGAACCUAAACAAGAGGUGCCUCUACCAAAUGGAAUUCAGCAGAGCAGUGAAGCUCAAGCUCCGACAUCCGACAAACUACCCGAAGCCAAGGUUGACGAGCAGAACCCGCAAUGGAGGAGCAAUAUCAACCCUCCUAGUGCGUAUCUGCCGUGGUCCCCUAAUCCCAAGUUCGUGAAUACUGCUCCCCCUCCAAUCGCGAACCCUUGGAAGCCCCUUGGCAGCAGUGAUAAGACCCUAGGAAACGGGAUUUUCGAACAAAGCCUUGGAGGAUUCCCAGGGAGGGACAUAUCACUACGCAGUCACCUUGGUCUGGAUCAACCACCCAUUGCACCCGCUCAGCCAUUCUCCGCACCCGCGCGAUCUCCGCAGGAAACCGCAUCGAUAUCACCAUUACCAUCGCCCGAGGUCCGCCACGUUCCUUACGAGGUUAUCAACCUAAUUGGGCGACCUGGUCCCAUUGGGCCUCCUAGUUCGCAACAUACUCAACAUCGUCAGCAUGAAAAUCGUGCUGCUGGGACUGCAGCCUGGAACAAUUUCCAUGCAGUUGCUUCCAAGCGUGAGGCAGAAGAGAACGAAAAGCUGCGCAGCGAAAUGAGUGCUAUACCGCAAGGGCCUGCGUCGCUUCAGGUCACUUUCAAUGAAACCUGGCGCCAAGUCCGAACAGGAGAUCAGGCCGGACAGCGGCAGGUUGUUGGAGUUGCAAGGUCGAACGAGAGUAACGUCCCACUUGCAAACCCUCUUCCAGGUCUUGAACACCCCGUCGGUAACCUUCCUUUUGCGGAUACGCACGCGCGCCCUCUUGGUAGUGUCCCAGUGCGUAGUUCACGCUUUUUCCCCCAGGCUACAGAGACUCCCCGAAAGCCAACGGCUGACGAAGGGGACUUCUAUCGAAGCCCCUCGCCCCCUCCACCCGAGGAAAUGUCAAGCCAUCCGGUGUACACGGGUGAUUGCAACAGACCCUUGGUUCAUCUCCCAGCACCAAAGCCUAUCGUCAAGUUUCCUCCGAGAGUUGUCGUACCUCCACCACCCCCACCAACUUUCGCCUCUAUGGUUGCUGCACCCCCUCGCACCGGCCCGCAACAUGCUACGACAGCGACCUCCUGGCAGGAGAAAAUCAAUACUCUUUUCGGAAAGAAGACAGUAACAGAGAAAAGGAAUGCUUUAGCAGUCACAUCAGCGACGAAAGAGCCGCUUGAUGUUCAACUUCACAUUGCUGGUGUUUCGGUUUCCCUACCUUUCAACGUUGAGCUCAUGAUCGGAGACGGUGAGGCAACUGCAAAGCAAGUAGAGGAGGCCGAGGAAAUGUUUGAAGAUCGUGAAGCAGGAUCUCUGCCAGUUGUUCGUGUGCCAACUCAUGCUCCCCCAGCAGCUUGGCAAGCUGCGCUACCACCUACGCAAUCCAAACUGCGAGCUAAGAAUCUGAAGUCGAUGCAAAUCCAUAGCGUCGAGCCUUUUUCGGUCGGUAUCUAUGACAGAGAUGCCUCCGGCCAUAUUCGUGUCACAAUCCGAUUCCCUGGCGCCAUCGUUGCAAAGACUGUGCCUCUUCCUAGGAAGUCAAUGGCGCCUCACCCUCGGCCACGCAAUUCUACGGCUUACAAGCCUCGCAAGAACACAAAACCACGCGAGAGUUCCGGAGGUUCAGUCCCUAAGAAGCCCACCUCUUCACAGCAGACCAAUGGAGGCAGUUCUCCACGACGUCAGUCUCGAAAUGCAUCCUGGGGCCCGCGUACAUUCAGUGGCUCCCAGUAA